GGCAUAAGUCAGGGAUAAGUUUUCGUAAUUAACGAAAGUAUUGAAAAGGAAAUCUGGGACCUGCACACAAACAAAGAACCUCUUAAAAAAGAAGCACGUGACAGUUAAGAGAAACCAAAUCUUUCAAGCCAGAUCUUUGGCCCCGUAGUCAUGCUGGAGUAGGAUUUUCAUAAACGAUGGCGUCCUCCACUGAAUUCUAGUUAUAGUUGCUGGUCCGUUGCUUUGCUUGUUACUUUUUUCUCCUGCUUUUCUCCGAGCUGGUGGCCUGCGUGUUUCUUUCUCCUUAUUGGCGAAGUAGCAACAGCCUGGCUGCGGAGAUCUUGCAUUAAGGUGAGAUAAUUUUUACUGCUUUAAGCGUGGAUUUCCACUGCUCGUUCAACCUUGACACUUAAGCGCGACCUUCCAUAUAUUGCCUCCACUUUAUUUACUUACGUAAAAUUUAUGCGACAGUGGAAAUUCAACUUAAAGAGUGCACUGGAAAAAAGUUACAACUCGGAUAUCUUUUCACAAGCGAUCAAACGUAAUCAUCAUACUCCAUAGGAAUAAGGGCUUACAAUACUGGCAGAUUAUACGAUCCAUAGUAGAACUUCCUGUUCCAUAAAAAAUGCGUUUUGGUCUCCUUCGCAAAGCUCAAGCCAUAUUUCGUGAUGAAGACAGCCCACAGCAUAUAGGACGGAAAAUACACCAAGUCAGAUAGGACACAAAAUGUCAUCAACUGGAGCGUGGUUCCUAAACUGCAUUCAAACAAUUUUUUUGUAUAAUUUUUGUGGAUUGGCUGGAUUGGGGAGAUUAACUACCAACACUUAAGCUUUCAAGUGAUGCAUUGAUUGCAUUUGAAUAGUUUGUUGGGUUCAGUAUAGCAAAAAUAUGGUUUUAAGUAUUCAUGUAGUUUUGUAGAGUUUCCGGGCAUUUGAAGUUGGCCGGAAAGAACUGAAUCUGGUUCUCGUUUUCCAUAGCAAAUCGUUGAUGUCUAAUUUUCCCGACAUAAAAACAGAGCAGAGCUAGUGGGGCGUAUUAAGCGUGUUUUCUUUCUCAACAUUCAUUUUCCUUUGCGGGCAAUCGUUCAGGCAAACAAGCUUGCCGACCAAGGAGGAGAUUAAAAAGGCAUGGGGACUUUCUUGUGUCGGCGUUGCGUUUGAGUCUGUUGAGUAGUUGGGUUCACGCGAAUAUUUCACAUGUGUGUAAAUGUGUGGUUCCAUUUAAUAUAAUUAGUGCUGUUGUUGAUUUUGUUUAAGAUGAAUCAAUCCCCUUUGAAUGAUAUCACACUCAAUGUAAAGAUAAACAAAAUGCCAUUUUCUAUAGCAAAUAUCAAGUGAACGAAUUCUAAAUGAGAGAAGUUAGUUUGAGCGCAAAAAGCUUAAAGACGUUACGGCAACGGGAGGGAUGAAAUUAAGAUGUGAAAGUGUUUGCGAAUGAUGGAGGAAAUGGAACGAAGAAUGACUGGGUUGUAGGUGAUAGCGAAGGGAACACGUUCUGGUUUGUCCAAUGUGGAAGUGUCUGGCGCGUAUAUUAUGUGCUUCUAUACGGUUUGAUGUUGUCAGGGGCACCCAACGAGAAUAUAGUUCAAAACCACUUAAACAUAGCAUUGUUAAACGUAUUUUAGUAUUUAAACGGUAGAUAUAGGCAUAUUUUUAUUCCCUAAAAAUUUUUCAUCUGUUCGGAUUUCCUAGCUGAAAGUCUAGUGAUCCGAAAAUUAUAGGGAUCAAAACUUACCUUUUCGAAAAUUUCAGCCAGAAAAAAGGCUCCCGAAAAUUCUAGGUGACCUUAUUAGGGUAAAAAUCCGUUAAAAAUAGGCAAUUAUACCAUUUUUUAGAUGUUCGAAAAUCCUAGGAGAGACAGGCAAGCAAGAAAUUUUACAAUAAAUGUUUCGAAAAUUCUAGAUCUCAAAUCGUCUUCCGAACAGGUAUUCUUCCGAAAAUUGUCGUUGGGUGCCCCUGACUGUGUUUUCACGAGCGGUUUUUCAGGUCGCUCAGCGAGUGACAAGCGGAAGUCCCGUGAAAACAGUUGUUUUUUCAACCCGCUUAAAGUUGAGUCUAUCAGUUAAGCGAGUCGGCAAACUUCAAUGGAAUUCUCAUUAAAUUUAAGCCACUAAACCAGGUAGCUUAAGCGAGUUGGUAAUUAAUUUCGGCCAAUUAGGAGUCGUUUGUGGUUAUUAACUUGACAGGGCUGUCAAAUCGGAAAUACAACACGCCUGCUAUUUUUGAUUCAUUCCUGCGUGAAACUUCUGCGGCAUUCAAAACAACAUGGAUAAUCAUAGAGCGAAUACUUUUCCUUUUUAUGAUCCAAGAAGCGACCCAUCAAAUGAUGCACUAUCAAGCCAUGCAAGGUGAGUUUCUUUCGCGUCCUUUAAACAUUCGAGAUGUAAAGCAUUCAGCUAACGUAGCAAAUUAUACGCUUUAGGGAAUCUCGUCGCUUCGUUAUUCCUCCUGUGAGCGAUCACUUUGCCGACCCCGUUCCCGCACGUGGUCCAUAUAUUUUUCCGGCCUUCCAAAAUCAACUG